AUGUCGCAGUGUCAGUGUAACAGCAGCAGCGAGUCCUGCUCUGGAUCGAGUUGUACGUGCUGUGCCGGGUGUUGUCCUAAAUGUAUAAGUAAAGAUGGUUGUUCACAGUGCAAAAGCCGCAUAACUGGGGAAAACAAAUGCAAUCCUUCGACGUGCCCGCGAUGCAAGAAUAAAUGGUUCUGUGAAUGUACGUGUUGUCCAAAGAAACAUGCGUGGAUUUGUAUAUCCAUACUCAUCGUUUUCAUUACCGUUGUUUCAUGCUACUAUUUCGGUCUGCUCAACAUAACCUCCCAAAAGCUGUCCAACAUCCUCCCAACAUCUCAACGGAGCUCCUACAGGGGACUCUCAUAG